CGUGAGAGCCGCGCGGUGGAGACCGCACACUCUCGACUCUCGACUUCGGCAGUCGCUCAGAGAAUAAAGCGAGUUGCAUCGAAAACGCGAGCGAGAAAGGUGCCCCAUAUGUAUCUCGUCCGGUGCGUCGCCGUCGGCCAUUGUCUCUGACAUGGAAGCCUAUCAAAAUGGCAGAGGUCGUGCAGAUGUUUUUGUUCCUAUAUAAAUCGAAAUACCGUCGGAAAGGGCAGUGCCGUGAGGUGGUACGGGAUCAGUGCGGUGUAAUUGCAGUGUCGUGGCCGAUACUGUGGGCGGCGCUGAUCUGUUGGGUGGUGCACGUAACUGCGGCCGCCUCCUCCUCCUCGUCGUCGCUGACGACGGAAACGACCUGCGACACGGACAGUUGCGUCAACGGGGAAUGUGUCAAUGGCACCUGCGUGUGCCACGAGGGCUGGCAGGGCCUGGCGUGCCAAUUCUGCGGCGGAAAAGUCAGACUAUCGUACAUUUGAUUUUCUACGAAGGAACUCAUAGGGAAAACUAUGAAAUUAUAUGUAUAUCUGGAGAUACGACGGGAGAAAUAAACAGGAAGGUGUUUCUAACAAAUACAUCGAUAGAAGAAGUUUAUACGAAAUUAUACGUGCCAAGAUACGACUGGAGAAACAAACAGGCUAACUGUACAUUCCGUGGUGCCUGUGCAACGGUAUUGACGGGUUUUUAGGUCGACUCGGUCUAUUCAGAGGCUUUGAUCGUCUUCCUAUAAACCCUUUUACCGAGGAGAUACGUAAAUAAAUAGUGCAAGAGAGCGCGGAACGUGAGUACGCGCGACUUCCUCGGAUUUAAUUGCUGUGCCGUGUGUGCGCGUCUCAUGGUCCUUCGUUCAGAAGAGGGAUAGAAGAGGGGGUGUUCGGUCAUUGUCUGCGGCCGUGGUUGACAAUGAGGAGUUAGGAAGUAAUCGGGACAUUAGCGAAUCUAACGGUGACGGUGACGGUGACGGUGACGGCGACAGUGACCGCGGAAAUACACGACCCGUCGUAUUUUAAGACUUAACUCGAGUCGGGAGAUUAGAUUUUGCGUGGAUCGAUCGCGACGGGUUUAAACUUGACAGGGAAACUACGGUUUCCGCCACUGUCAAGGCUGGUUUGAUUUUUACGCGCGCUUAACGUAAUAAUCCCAUCGUAAACGAACACCGACGAUAAUCAUAUUGGAUAGGAUCGAGUCGUGCGCUUCAGCGUACUUGUGCAAUGUUUAUUGUAAAAUCGUACGUAGACACUCGAGAACACUCGACGUCUCUGUCAUGCGUUGAGCAAUUGCGGUGAAAUCUGACGCGAACGUCGCUUGGGAACUACUCUCUCUUUGUCGCAUUUUGUACUUUGCUUCGUUGUAUCGGGAUACAGAGAAGUUGAUAACGGUCGCUCGAGUCCGAACACGUUGGGGUAUCUGCAUUGAAAAGCUACUAAACAAUAUUGUUUUUAUAUCUCAAUUAUCUCGUCAGAGUUUUCAAUGUGACCGAUUAGUAAUUUUUAUAGAUUCACGACGAAGCAGUUUUACACAGUUUAACGAAUUGUUCUAUAAUAUGCGAAUGAAUGUUAGUGUUUCUCUUUACGUUAUAUAAUUAUCCGUAUACCUUUCAUUUGAAUUCCACACGUUUUCUACUUUAGUCGCUGAUAAUCUUAGCGAUCAUCGAGAUAAUCUGUUAUCUAUAUCGUUUAGAUGCACAGUAAGCAGAUGGUGCAACUUUUUUAUGUAAAAAUAAAAUUAAAAAAAAAUUGACUUUUCAACGUAAACACCCCACUGUGGACAGGUUACGUUUUUAUGAAACGUAUCACGAAUACAUACAUACCAUUUUCUCUAAGUUCUAUAAAUAUUGUCUGGACUCGACAAAGGAACAGUUUCGGCAAAGAAUUCCUAAAGAUUCGCCUACGUGUGCCCGAUCGUAUUUCACCAAUGAACACUAUACAUUAUACAUUGUACGUUACGCUCGCGUGCUUCGCGAUAAUACGUAGUAUAUAUGUAGUAUACUCCUGAAAAGUUCGAAGUCAUAUCUGGCUCGUGAACGGAGUUAUGACACUUGGCUGACUGUAAUUGGGUUAUUUGAAAUUUGAAUUUUAACUUUGAACAAAACCGAAGAAUACAUUUUUAAUAUUGUUUUCUACGCACACGUAUGUAUGUGUGCCUGUUAUAUGAUUUAUACAUGUUAAAUACACGUACAUAUAAUACAUAUAACUAAGAAUUUAUUUUCGCACUGGCAUUAUGCGCGAUUUUUGUUAGCGAUUAUAAUUCCUACCGUUUAUGAAAAUGUUAUAAAAUGAAAUUUUAUAUGCAGCAAUCGUUACUUAAAAUCGUACAUCUAGCAAUUUAAAUAGGUCUGAAAAUCCAUUUAAACGAUUAAAGUUCAUAUAAAGAGAUAUAGUUUAAUACUUCUUUAUUUGAUUCGUAAU